AUGUCGAACAUGCAGAGGUGGGUGGAGCACAAGGUAAGCAGCAGUGGAGCAUCAUGGGAAGAUAGUGAUGGAGCUGUGCCGUAUUGCCUGCAGGGCAGUAGAAGGUCUCUGACCGCGAUGGACCGCACUAGCAGGAGGCCCAAUCUGUCUCACAGGCUUCAGCGCUGGCUGUAUGUCCUGUGGGCUCACCACCACUCCUACUGUAACAUAUCAAGGCACAAAGUGACAGAAAAACGGGAGCCUACAAAAACGAAACACAUCCGGAACAACUCAUCUGCUCGUAGCAGUGGGCCCCACAUCAGAAGCCUGCCAGUGUUCAAACCCGCAGGAAGCCCUACUGCCCCUCGCGACGCAGAACUUUAUGCCCCAUACAGGACGCCCCCCAAAGCCCCCUCCAUUACCAACAGCAGUAGCAACUCCAGCUCUACCAGAAGAAGAACCACUCCUGUAUGCUACCAUUCCUGCGGAGACCAUCAUGGCAUCAAGCCUCCCAAUCCAGAGCAGUACCUUACCCCUCUACAGCAGAAAGAGGUAGCCAUACGACACCUCAAGACAAAACUUAGAGACUCCCAGAACACAGUUUGUGACCGGGAGGCUGAGAUUGAGGAGCUGAAGUCCCAACUGGGGCGUAUGCGGGAGGACUGGAUAGAGGAGGAAUGUCACCGUGUGGAAGCUCAGCUAGCUCUCAAAGAAGCACGCAAAGAGAUCAAGCAGUUGCGCCAAGUGGUGGAAACCAUGAAGAACAGCCUCAUGGAGAAGGACAAGGGCAUCCAGAAGUAUUUCAUUGACAUAAACAUCCAAAACCGAAAGCUGGAGUCCUUGCUCCACAGCAUGGAGUUGGCACAGAAUGGUUGCGACUUGCAGGAUGAGCCCACGCUGGACUUUAUCUGUGAGUCUCCAGAAAGAUCCACUGCAGUCAAGUUCGAGAUGGAGCUACAUGGUGAAGAACAAGCAGUGGAGGAGAUGGCUGAUAGUGAGCUGCUGGCCAAUGACGAGAUGGCCAACAGAGCUGAAAUUCUCGAGAAGGUUCUCAUGUCCACUGCGGUUGAUUCCAGCCAGGACGGUGGCACCAAGAUCAUUCCUCAACCAGGGCUGUCCACCUUGGAGCCGAGUGUCUCGGAAAAGAGCACAGAGGAGCUUUUCUCUAGUGACCCCUUUGGUGCAGAAGAUAAAGGUGUCCAGACUGAUGAGAUGAUCUACACCGCUGAUCUCCAAGCCCUCCUUUUCCAGCUGCUAAAGCUCCAAGGUGGCAGCUUCCCUGGUCUCCUUAUUUCUUCUCCCCACCAAUCGCAGGAAUCACCUUCAGCACGAGUUCCCAAAAAGGUUGAGGACUUGCCUGAAGCACAAGAUGAAGAAGUCAAAGAUGUUGGCCCAAUUUGCACCAACCCUGCCCAAAACACCGUUAAUGAUUCUGGUCUGGGCUUUUCCGAGCCCAAAAUGAGUCCCCAGUUCAUGGAAGAGCUGAAUUUCGACAUGAAGAUUCCCAAGAACACCUCUAGCAUGGCAGUGGUGGGAAAAAGCCACUGGAGCAACAACUUCUUGGUCGAUCUGGUUGCUGUGGCAGCACCCGUUCUGCCCACCGUGGCGUGGCUCUACUCUCAGCAUGGUUUGGUCGGAGGGGCUCCUGUGUACAACAUAGCAGCUUUAAUUCGAGGCUGUUGCAUUGUGGGAUUGCACUCACUCCGCCAUGUCUCUCACGGGCCAGACACUUAGUGGCCCUCACCCACAGUUACAGCAAGAGCACUUAAAUGUCAUCUUCAAGUAGAAAUUGUUUUUGUACACCUGUGAUAUGCAUACACUUAUUUUCCGUUUAGUUGCAACAUUCCUACUUUGCACUGUGUUUUUGAGGCACAAAGGAUGAAAUUAAGGGGAUGUAAAG